CAAAGACAUGUAAGAAGAAAAAAAGAGAACCGCAACUUGAACACAGACACAGACUUGUGGUUUUAUAAGAAAGCUGUAGUCUUCAAAAAAAGCACAACACCAAUUUUCAACCAGUCAGAAAAUUCUUGGUUAAUUAAAUCUAGCACUGUCUCACAGAAAAAAAAGAUAGAGAAAGAUAUAAUUACAGGUGUUAGAGAGAGAGAAAGGAGCCCAUUUGAUUAAGAGAGAGGAGAGGAGGAGAUAUAUAUAAAUAUAUAUAUGGAAACAGGAGGAACUUCAAACAGAAGAGAAGAGACUCCAAGGAGAAGAAAAAAGAAGAAGAUUUAAGACCAUUAACGAACUGGGUUUUUGUUUGUUUGCUUAAUUGACUUUCAAAGAAUUCGAUGCUUCUGGGUUUGAUCAGUUGAUGGAUUUUAACUAAGGGAUUGAUUGCUGUAAAUUAUGUUGGAUGUCUGGUCUGUUCGAGUUUUCCCACACAAUCUAAUGGAAGAAUUGUAGUUGAAAUGGAGUUGCUUUUGGUGACAGAGAGCAGUUGUGCUGGUCAUACGAGGCAAACUUGCUUCUCUGAUACAUGAGAAGUUAAACAUUUGAAGGUUUGAUAUUAUUUAAUGCCACUCGUAGAACUGGAGGGCUUGCGCUGCAUUCGUUUGCUUUGAACAUGAUGCAUCCAUUAUUUUGAUGUCUGUGUAUGAUUGAGUUUGGAAGAGAGUUAGGAAUACUGGAAUAGAGUGCGUCGGACAAAGAAACUAGAAGAGGAUCCUGUUAACUUUUGGUAGGACAAUAGACUCAACCUUAAGGAUGGGCUUGCCUCAGUUCUCCUCCAGCAGCAUUGCCGAGGAAGCAGCCACAUCUUUGAGUACAAUUGUGCAAACUUCACCUCGAAUUGUUGGUGUGAGUAGUUGUGAUUUGAGUGGGAUGUAUGGAGGAAACCUUGGAUAUCGAAUGCAGGUGGAAAUGCACUGCGCUUCUCUUACAGAUUUCCAAAAGAAAACCGUUGUAGAAAAUAAGAAGGGCUUGUUAAGUCAUAAAAGUGGACAGAAUAUCCAGACACCUAUUCCUAGGAUUGUUGGUUUUGAAUCAAGGGGAUUGAAUUCUCCUGUUGGUGCAUUUAAUGGAAACCAAACUGCUUCUACUGUAGUUACUAUCGGCUCUAAUGCAGUUGAGUCCACUGGAUCAGACAAGAAGCGGUUAUUGUCUCCUCUGAGUGGGAUGCUUCACCCUGAUAAGUUUAAUGGUGCUUCCCUAGACACCGGUGAUGGUGUUUGUAAGAGUAAUCUAUGGGGUAGCAAGGACAAUUACAAGGUUUCUAUGUCACAAGAACAUAAAAAGGCUCAUAUUGGAAAUUCCAGUUAUUUCAAGUGUUCAAACUGGUCUGCAUCUUGUCUUCCGGAAUGGAAGAAUUCACCUGUUGAUAGUUGCAGGGAAAACUCCAUAUUCUUUUCUGAUGGUCCUGUGCUUGAGACAGAGCUCAAGGCACACGAUCAAUUUAUGUCUCCACCUGGACUUAAUUAUUUUGGAAAAACAACAAAGGCAAGACAUCAAACCAGCGCUAUGGCAAUUCCCUUAAUGAAAGCAGCAUCACCUCCCUUGUCAUUGUCCCCUCUCGGUCCAAAACUCUCUGAAGGAAUAAAAUCUCCAGGAGGGUGCAGCCAUAUCACCAGACGGCUUGAUGAUGGCUAUCUUACCUUCACUGAUAUGGAACAGUCGCUUGAUGGAACUGUAUCUGGCAUUUUAUCUUCCCGGAAGGAUAGGGUUUUUAAAAUGCUUGAUGAAUCAUUAGAUGAUUUUGAUAAUUUGUGCACAAAAUUUGAUGUGUUUGCUCCUGAGAUUACCAGUGGCAUUGGACAGCCUUGGUGUGAGGAUUCAAAUCUUAGUUCCCUAAAUGUCAAAUUAUGUAGAAGUUUUACUAGCGUGCCUGUUAGAAGGUCUUUGGUUGGUUCGUUUGAGGAAUCCUUGUUAUCUGGUCGGUUAUCAUCUGGUAAAGUUAGUCAGAGAAUUGAUGGGUUCCUUGCUGUUCUAAAUGUCACUGGAGGAAAUUUCUCUCCAAAGGCACAAAAACUUCCUUUUACAGUAACUAGCGUGGAUGGGAAUAACUACUUACUCUACUAUUCAUCGAUAGAUCUUGGAGGGAAUGUGCAAGAAAAUAGUGACCAAAAAAUGAGGAGAAGCCUUAGCAUUGAUGAUUCACGAUCUGAUAGAAGCAGGCUACGAAUACCAAUGAAAGGGCGAAUACAAUUGGUUCUCAGUAAUCCAGAAAAGACACCCAUUCACACUUUCUUUUGUAGCUAUGAUUUAAGUGACAUGCCAGCUGGUACCAAGACAUGUCUGCGCCAAAAGAUCACCCUAUCUUCAUCAGCACCAGCUUCUUUACCAGUGAAUGUAAAGAACAGAGAUUCUGACAUGAAAAAUGAUGCAAAGCCAUCUUCAGUCCCUAAAACUAAUAAUUGCUUGCCUCAUGGAAGAGAUGCUACCAAUUCAAUUCGACUUGACACUGUACAUAAUACUAGAUCUCCUGACCAUAGCAGAUUCAGUAAUAGUGAAUGCAAAAAUACUGGUGUGGAGGGCUGCAGCCCUCCAAAUUCAUCUCGUUUGUGCAUAAGAAAAUCUGUACAUGGUCCUUCAAAGGUCAAUGAGAACACCACUGGAGCUGGUGCUCUACGAUAUGCUCUUCAGCUCCAAUUUAUGAGUCCACUUCCCAAGAAAAGUUUAAGGUCAUUUCAGAGGAGCACAUCUGAUCCUUCAUCUGUACCAGCAGCAAACAAGAUGGACAUUGUCAGUGAGCAACGCUUCUACUUGUAUAGCAAUAUGAGGGUAGUGUUUCCACAGCGCCAUUCUGAUUCAGAUGAGGGCAAGGUAUAUUUUGUUGGAGUUUAUUAUUGUCCUUUAAUGAGAAGAAAUCUUCUUUCCGUGAAAAGCAUGCUUUGAUCUGCUUAUUGUUUGUUGUCUUGAAUGACACUUAUGCUGGGCGAGCAUCCAUGGCCAUGGACAUGCAUUUUAGUUUCAUAGUCUUUUUGUCCCCACAUGAUUUAAUUGUGCUGUUUUAGCCAUCUUUUUGGUCAUCCCUAGCUAAUUUAAAUAUGUAGCCUCUACCUGCGAGCAAAACGACAGGCAUUGUUGUGAUGGCAUCCUAACAAUAAGCAAAUACCUUAGGACUCGAUGAUCCACGUAUGUAUCUUCGAAAAUAAGCUCCAAAUACAUGACAGAUAUUGUUUUUCACAAUUAGAAUUUACCACGUGGUUUUGUCA